AUGACACAGCCCGGGACUCCGCAGCUGCCACGCGAGGCUCGUGAGAAAAUAACCUUGCACGGCGACGUGCGCCACCACGCCGGCGGUGAUGCUGGCAAGCUUAAGGACCACAAGGACACCAAACAGCACAAGUGCCGGAUCCAGAAAAGUAUCUUCACCGUGCUCUUCUACGAGAUGCCCGUUAAGCACAAUGUGUUGACUUUACACUCUUCCGCGAAUGAGGGUCAAAAUGGCGAUGUGACCGUGUUCUUCGGUCUCUCAGGCACAGGCAAGACCACACUUUCAGCCGAUCCCAAGCGUGCACUUAUCGGUGACGACGAGCACUGCUGGAGCGACAAAGGUGUCUUCAACAUCGAAGGCGGAUGCUACGCCAAAACCAUUGGCUUGUCGGCCGAGAAGGAACCUGAUAUCUUCGGCGCUAUCAAGUUUGGUUCCAUUCUCGAGAAUGUGGUUUUCGACCCAACAACCCGUGAUGUCGAUUACGACGACUCUACCCUUACUGAGAACACACGCUGCGCAUACCCUAUCGAGUACAUCGAGAAUACCAAGAUUCCUUGCGUAUCGACCAAUCACCCGUCGAAUAUCAUCCUACUUACUUGCGACGCUCGUGGUGUCCUACCACCUAUCUCAAAACUCAACAGCGCACAAACCAUGUUCCACUUCAUCAGCGGUUACACCUCGAAAAUGGCAGGUACCGAGCAGGGUGUCACCGAACCACAGGCCACUUUCUCGUCAUGCUUCGCCCAGCCCUUCCUGGCACUGCACCCAAUGCGCUAUGCCAAGAUGUUAGCCGAGAAGAUCGAGCAUCACAAGGCUAAUGCCUGGUUACUCAACACCGGCUGGGUUGGUGCGGGCGCUACCACUGGUGGCAAGCGCUGCCCACUCAAGUACACCCGCGCUAUCCUCGACUCUAUCCACGCCGGCGAGCUCGCAAACGUGGAGUACGAGACCUACGAUGUCUUCAACCUCAGCGUGCCGAAGACGUGCGUCGGUGUACCCGACGAGCUGCUCAACCCCAAGAAGAGCUGGACCGGCACCGCCGACUUCAAGGAUGAGGUAACGAAGCUGGGCGAACUGUUCAACGAGAACUUCAAGAAAUAUGCGGACGAGGCCACGAAGGAGGUCAUCGAGGCGGGUCCAGCGACUGCGUCGAAGGCCGAGACCUCAUAG